ACAAAAAAAAGCUUGUUCAACUUGUUCGCAUUUGCACUUCCAGCGUCUUUGCCGCGUCACAAUAAUAAUCUUACAAACGAACAAUGGUGGUUGUUAGUGUUUCGUUCGAGUUGACGUCGGCAAGGGAAACGGGCGCAGCAUUGGAUGAGCUCAUACAAAAGCGUACAAACAAGUUUAGCUUUUUGGAAAUAAGACACGAGUACACAAAUACGCAUGUAUUCUGUGUGUAUGUGAAUGCGAAUAGCGAAUGCGAAUGCGAACGCGGUGUGCCGCAGUGUUGUGCCAGUCUCAGCUUCAGUUGUACGUGAAGCGUGAACAACGUCGGAGCGCCCACGCGGCAAGUACAAGUUUGUAACACAUACGAAAAGUGUGUGUCAAGCUCUCGCAUAUGUGUUAGUGGUGUUUCUUGUUGAGCGACUGAGUGAGUGAGUGUAUAUGACUAAGAAUAAUAAUACUGACCGUUGUGCUGUUUUAGCAGUCAAGCUAAUUGGUUCAUGCUGUCUGUUACGUGGCUGCAGUGCUGCCUUUAAUUAACUAACUAGCAAAGGAGCAGGCACUCCACAGCCUGAAUCAAAUAAACACAUACAUAUACUAUGUAUAUAUACAUAUAGUAUAUACAUAUUUAUAAAAAACAAGCAGCAGCAUUUCAGUUUCGAGUUGCCAAUAACAGUACAGUUAAAAAACACAUAAAAAAUAAAGAAAAUUAAAAAAAAAACAGAAGUUUGGAAAACAAAAUUGUAUGUGCCGUAAGGAGGGAAGCUAAGCAAAAUCAAUAAUUGGCCGAGCCUGCGUGUGUUUGUCUGUGCGUGUGUAAGUCGUGUAUGUGAGAGUGUGUCAACCUUGCACGCUGGACAACUGAAGCAAAGGCCAUGCUGAUUAAGCAAUAAGUGGAACAAGAAACAGACAACAAAAACAUAACAACUCCAGAAGACAGUAUGCAGCAAACACAACAACAACAACAACAGCAAUCACAGCAGCAGCAGCAGCAUCAUCAACAACAGCAACCAGCUGUCAUAACCAAUUCGAGCAGUGGCAACCACACGCCCAUCAACUCAGGUGUCGGUGCGGCGGGUGCUCUACCAGGUAGCAGCACACCAAUACGCAUAGGCAGUGCAAAGCAUGCGGGCGGCGGGGAUACACUGGUGCCGCCAGUGGCCAACGCCGCUUCCCAUUCAGUGCCCGGCACACCGCAACAGCAGCCGCCGCAUUCGAGCAGCGUGCCCACGGCCACUGGGAGUCAUCUACAGCUGCAGACGACCGGAAUAAUGUCCAUGGCGGCCUCCAAUCAGUCGCUGGGCGUCAGUGCCGGCAUUGGCGCCAGUGCAGGCGGCAGCAGCAUCAGUGGCAUUAACAUAACGCCACCAAACAGCGCCGGCCUGAGGCAGUCGUCAGUAUUCGAUUUUAAAUUCAAGCGUCGACCCUCGCAAAAGGUGCUUUUAACCAAACUGCCCUCCACAGACAGUUUGAGCAACAGCCCAGCGCCAUCAUCGCCAGGAAUCGCCAAUUGGGCCGCAGAUAAUCGCGAUGGCAAUUCGGCAGACAAGUCUGCUGCAGAGGCCUCCAAGCUCAAUCGCAAGGAGUCGUACAAGGCCCAGCGCAAGAACUAUCGGCGUGAGAAGAAACGCGUGGCCAGUGAGCUGAUGAAUUCUCUGCAGGAUCCGGCGGUCAUAGUGCUGGCUGAUUGGCUAAAGGUGCGCGGCACACUCAAGUCCUGGACGAAGCUGUGGUGCGUGCUGAAGCCUGGCCUGCUGCUCAUCUACAAGAGCCAAAAGACAAAAAGUAGCCACUGGGUGGGCACAGUAAUGCUGACCUCAUGUCAGGUGAUUGAGCGGCCCAGCAAGAAGGACGGCUUCUGUUUCAAGCUCUUUCAUCCGCUGGACCAGCCCAUCUGGGCGCCACGCGGACCCGAUAAGGAGACCAUAGGCGCUGUGGUUCAGCCACUGCCCACAGCCUACUUGAUCUUUCGAGCGCCGAGCCAGGCCGCUGGCAAGUGCUGGAUGGAUGCAUUGGAGCUGUCGUUGCGCUGCUCAGCUUUACUGCUGCGAUCCAACAGCACCAACACACCGUCCAGCAACUACGCCGAGGAGCCGUUGCCCGUCUCGGACGAGACUCAGUGGUCGGAAGCCGACUAUGAGAAGCAUUUCAACGAUCACGGUAAGUGGAUGCAGCACUGGCUGGCGCCGCCGGCCGAGCAGGAGACCUCGCGCCCACCGUCGCGCGCCCAGACACCGCAGCUACUGCAGCAGCUGUACAGCAGCGCUGUUAGCAACUGGGAGCGCACCAAGCGCCUGCCACGUUUCGCCCAGAUGCGACGCGCCAGCGAUGUCUCAAAUGCCUCUGAAAUGAAUCCUGGCCGACGCACAGGCAGGCAUCUGUCGCCCAUCAGCAAAUCGCUAUCGAUGGGCGCCGCACUCUGCGGAAGCAGUUCCAGUGACGACGAAGAGGACUACGCCAGCGGCAGUGUGUGUCCUAGGGGAGCUGGCUCCAGGCCAGUCAGUGCACCGCCCGAUUGCCUGCUGCUGCCGCGCUUCCAAGUCAACGUUCAGGAUCUGGACGCUGACAGUCAAAAUGAAGCGCCCAAUGCGGCAAUGUCGGGACUGGAGAGCGAUUCAGAGUCAGAACCGGCACAUGAAGAUGAUGUGGCUGAACAAAUACCAUGCGAAGAGACUACCUAUGUGCCAUUUCAAGAGGAGGAGUUUGGUGAGCAAGGAGAGCAAGUGGAGGAGUUGGCCGAGGAAAAUAAGAGCCUCAUCUGGUGUAUCGUGAAACAGGUGCGACCCGGCAUGGAUCUGAGCAAGGUGGUGUUGCCCACGUUUAUUCUGGAGCCGCGCUCGUUUCUGGACAAGCUCUCUGACUCUUAUUACCAUGCGGAUUUGCUCUCUAGGGCUGUCCAUGAAGAUGACGCCUACACACGCAUGAAAUUCGUCGUUCAAUGGUACCUGUCCGGGUUCUACAAGAAGCCCAAAGGCCUCAAGAAGCCAUAUAAUCCCAUAUUGGGCGAAACAUUUCGUUGCUAUUGGCAACACCCCAACGGCAGUCGUACCUUUUACAUUGCCGAACAGGUUUCGCACCAUCCGCCGGUAUCGGCAUUUUAUGUAACGAAUCGCGAGGAUGGCUUCAGUAUCUCCUGCUCCAUCUUGGCCAAAUCGAAGUUCUACGGCAAUAGCACGUCGGCCGUACUUGAGGGUAUGGCCACGAUGACGCUACUGCCACGUGGCGAAAUUUAUACGGCAACCACGCCCUAUGCCCACUGCAAGGGCAUUCUCAUGGGCACAUUGUCCAUGGAGCUCGGUGGCAAGAUAAACAUCGAAUGCGAGAACACCGGUUACAAGACGGAGCUCGAAUUCAAGCUGAAACCAUUCCUUGGCGGCUCAGAUACCAUAAACGUAGUCGUAGGCAAAAUUAAAUUGGGAAAAGAAACUUUGGCUACCAUCAACGGCCACUGGGACAAGGAGCUACGCCUCAAGGAUCUAAAAACCGGAGAAGAAAGCGUACUAUUGAAGGUCGAUGCAGAAAUGCGCUCGAAGCGGCUAAUACGGCACGUGGUGCCAUUGGAGAAACAAUUACCAACAGAGUCGCAGCGUCUUUGGAGUCUUGUUUCAGAUGCCAUAGCGCGGGAGGAUCAAGUGGCUGCUACCGAGCAGAAAACGGUGCUGGAGGAAAACCAACGAGAGGCGGCCAAGUCACGUUUACAAAACGAUCAACCACAUGUUCCGGCCCUCUUUGAGCUGAACGGUUACGGCGAAUGGAUAUACAAGUACGCGGAUUUGCGGCCAUGGGACGUUCGUAACGAUGUACGCCAAUACGAAUGUGAUUAUAAGGUGCUCACCGAGACGCGUAACAAAACGGUGCCGAUCGUGCACGGCACCGAGCUAAUACGCUCCAAUAUAGACCCUGGCGCCCACUCCACUAGACGACUUCCCUCAGACACCAAAAAGGUGUCCAAGGCUAAGAACAAGCCCGUGGAUUCCGACUCAAGUCCAUCGCCGCAGGGUGCUGUUAAGCGUGGCUCCAAUUCUUCAGCCAUUAGACAACUCACCUUGGCCAUUGACCAGAUGAACACAACGUUGGCCAACCAUUCAAAGCAACUAAACGACAUCACAAACCGGCUGGAACGAAUCCAGUUUGCGCCGCACUUGAGAAAUGGCAGUAUCAAUUCAAAUGACUUAAUUGGGGGCGGCGUCUCCAUAUCGACGGUGGUCAAGUCUCUAAUCUAUGCUUUAAUUGGGCUAACAUUCAGCGUGAUUCUGCGCUGGUUCUUUAAAUAGUUAUUUUGGUUAAAUUUUCUACAUAUAAGUACAACAUUUGAGCUAUGGUAUAUACAAAUAUAGUCUAUUUAUACGCGCCCAAUAUUAUUCUAAAGCUAUA